GAAAAGUGAACUUCUAUGGACACUCGGCCUAUACCUUCUCCAAAUCUAAACCAAGAUUUGAUGAGACCUUGUCAGAUUGGUUUCGACAUGUUCAUUGUUUGCCCACCACCGUUCAUUGAUAGUCACUAUGGUGACAGGGCUCGUCACGGAAAGUACAUGGCCUGCUGCAUGCUGUACCGUGGUGACGUAGUGCCCAAGGACGUCAACGCUGCCAUUGCUACCAUCAAGACCAAGAGAAACAUCCAGUUCGUCGACUGGUGUCCCACCGGGUUCAAGGUCGGCAUUAACUACCAGCCGCCCACCGUCGUCCUGGGAGGUGACUUGGCCAAGGUCCAGCGUGCCGUCUGCAUGUUGAGCAAUACGACCGCCAUCGCCGAGGCGUGGGCGCGUCUCGACCACAAGUUCGAUCUGAUGUACGCCAAGCGCGCCUUCGUCCACUGGUACGUCGGUGAGGGUAUGGAGGAGGGAGAGUUCUCGGAGGCUCGCGAGGAUCUGGCUGCCCUGGAGAAGGAUUACGAAGAGGUUGGUGUAGAGUCAGUUGAAGGUGAAGGAGAAGUAGAAGGGGAGGAAUAUUAACUGACUAAUACUCAU